AGAGAGAGACCUCGAUAUUCUGCAGGCUCACACACAACUGUACUUCAAGAGAGGGAGAGAGGGAUUCCACCGCGCGCCGUAGCACACUCUACCUCUGCUGUCACAUCAACACUGGCACGACGAGGAGGAGGAUCUGCGCUUAUAAACGUUUGCGACAUAGAAAAGAAACGUUAGAAAAAGGGUGCGAGAGAGAGGUUGUAACCGUGUAAAAAACAUCAAUUAAUUUACCAAGCUUCAAGUCACUCCUCGACAUCGUUACCAAUACGCCGAGAGGCAAAACCGUGACAAUGUAUGCAGUGACACUGGUGACUUUACUCUUCGUGGGGGUCACCGUGGCCCUAGGACACCCCCACCACCACCACCUGCUGCACCACCACAACCACCACCAGGCGGGGAGCUACAGUGGCGGCCGUAGUUAUAUCAGUGGUGGCAGUGACCUUGGCAGUGGCAGUGACUCUACACCUGGAGACCUUCCCGCAACAGACAAGGAAGAAGGGAGAGGAAGAGGAGGAGGAGAAACGGGAGAAGGAAUCGUAGAAGGGAGAAGAGAAGACGAAACGGAAGAAGAGAACAAAGAAAAGGGAAAAGGAGGAAGGAAAGAAGAUGGAAAAAUGAAUCUCUGGAGUUUAUUUAGAGAAAGAAACCAAAGGAAGACUGGCAACACAGCACCAACAGACUACACUUCAGAUAUUCGUGGACAGACGGUAACAGGCACUUCCAUCAGGCAUCCAGCCCUGACAGACUCUUCAGAACCUCGUGGAAAGCCCGUAACAGACCACACUUCUAUUAGACAUCCAGCCCUGACAUACUCUUCAGAUAUUCGUGGACAGACGGUAACAGGCACUUCCAUCAGACAUCCAGCCCUGACAGACUCUUCAGAACCUCGUGGAAAGCUCGUAACAGACCACACUUCUAUUAGACAUCCAGCCCUAACAUACUCUUCAGAUAUUCGUGGAAAGACCGUAACAGGUACUUCCAUCAGAUAUUCAGCCCUAACAGACUCUUCAGAACCUCGUGGCAAGCCCGUAUCAGACCACACUUCGGAAAUCAGACACCCAGCUUUCACACACACUCGGACACACUCAUUUCCCGUUAGCAAUGAUGACGAAGACGAUGAGGCUGUGAGGAACGCGAGCGCGGAGAGACUUCACAGCCCAGUAACGUCAAAGAUUGGUCACGCCGCGAAAGGUGAUAGAUUUGACGUCUCUGAGAACCCAAUUACUACUCUACGCGGUGAUGCUUCCAAGAGGAGGACCCAAGACGAGCUUCACGUAGGCCAUAAUAUUAAGAUGUCUUCUGGCGUUUCACAAGAUUCAUCAUUGGGAGUUUCAGAAAGUUUAGUAAGGCCUGGCAGUGAAAGUUUCGUGGGCGUUUCUGAAGAUUUAAAGUCGAAAAGCCAACUGCAGCAUCACGUAGGCCAUAAUAUCAAGAUGUCUUCUGGCGUUUCACAAGAAGAUUCAUCACUGGGAGUUUCAGAAAGUUUAGUAAGGCCUGGCAGUGAAAGUUUCGUGGGCGUUUCUGAAGAUUUAAAGUCAAGAAGCCAACAGGUGAAUCAGGUAGAUCAUAUCAAGGUGUCUGUACCACAAAAAGAUUCAUCACACGAAGUUUCAGAAAGUUUAAGUCAAGAUUUUGAGGGCGUUUCAGAAUAUGCCAAGCCCAGAAGCCAACAUUCAGAGUUACAACCGAUUCCAAUGACCCGUCUCAACACCGCUUCAGAAGGAUUCGAACCCAGGACAGGAGAAUCGCUACCCUCGGACGCGUACCCAAUCCAGACCGCCCGUUUUGUCGCUAACCCAAACUUCGUCCACCUCAUCGAAGAAGUGGACGAGGAGGAACUGGAACGACUUCGCGAGAACACCACAACAUCGAAGUCGGACAGCGUUGCGGAGCGCGUCACGGCAGCCACACCAUCGGAAGCGGUAACGGUGCACUACGAGGCUACGAAAGUCCCAUUUUUAAGGUAUAUGUGGAAUGAGUUUGUGAAUAUCGGGGAUUUGCUGGGCCGGGAGGUUCUGGACACGGUUUCCAGUCGCCUGUCCUUCCUCUGGCGUUCCGUGGUGAAGUUCGUGAAGUCCCGCGGUAAAAGAUCGCUCCCCGACGCCCGCUAAGGAUGCGUAAAGUGAGGAGAGAACCAACGGGUCAGCGAAAGGAAAUAAAUAUAAAAAAAGAAAGAAUGAAAGAAAGAAAGACAGAACAGCAAAUAAAAAUAAAGGAGAUAGACAAAAAGAGAAAAAUGAAGGAGAAAUAAGAGAGCAGUGAAAGGAGAAAAAUUAAAACAAGAAGAAAAAGAAAUAAAGAAAAAGAACAAAAUAAAUAAAAAGGAUUGCGAGCUAUACCGUCACACACACACACACACACACACACACACACACACAUAUAGAGAAAGAAAAAAAAAGAAUAAUACAGAAAUAGACAAUAAAACAAAAUAGAGAAAAAAAAAGAAUAAUUAAAAGUUGAAAGGUCAGAGAAAGCGACCGAGUAACGGUACGUAAGGAAGGACAAGGAGGAGGAGGAGGAGAAGGAGGAGGAGAAGGAGGAGAGCGUGAGACAAAAUAUAUCAGAAGGAAGGAGACAGGAGGAGGAGGAGGAAGAGGAGGAGACGAUCGAGGGAGAAGAUACGAGAAGAAGAGGAGGAGGAGGAGGAGGAACCAGAAAGAGAAGAAAAGCAGGAAGAGGAAAUAUGAGAGCGAAAGCAAGGAGGAAAAAUAGAAAGAGGAAGAGGAAGAAAAACGGGAAGAGAAGAAGAAGAAGAAAUAAUGAAAAAAUGUGAUAUUACAAAACAAAUUAAUAUAUAUUCUAGAUUAUAACUAUUGACAUUAUUUAUUCGUGCACUUAUAGUAGUAGUAGUAGUAGUAGUAGUAGUAGUAGUAGUAGUAGUAGUAGUAGUAGUAAAAUAGCCUACUUAUAAUUUCUUGUAAUAAUCAAAAUAAAUAAAUAAAUAAAAAGAAGAUAAUUGUUUAUAUAAGUAUGUCCACAGAGAGAGAGAGAGAGAGAGAGAGAGAGAGAGAGAGAGAGAGA